CAAGCGAGGUGAAUUCCCAUACCAUUGACACGGGCACCACACCACUUCCUCGCAUCUUUUCCUUGUUCUCAGUUCCCUUAGCAGUUUAAUUAACAGUGGGCGCAUUCUCAGUCCUCCUAAACCUCUGCCAAGCCGACACAAUGAGCUUGUUCGUCGCCAGCCGGUCUGCCUUCCGGGCCGCUGCACCCCUCAAGCGGCAAUUCCAGGUCCGCAGAUAUGCCACCGAGCCGACGUCUCCCGAGUCAGCCAAAAAGGGCAGCAACACGGCGCUCUACAUUGCCGGCGCUGCCGCGUUGGCCGGCGCCGGGUACUACUUUCUUGGGGGCACGCCCGCCGCAAAGAAGGCCGAGGAGAAGGUGAAGCAAGCGACAGACGCCGCGGCCGAGAAGUUGCCCACCGGCAGCGGCGAGGUCAAGAAGGCGCUCACGGGGGGCGACCAGGGCUUCAUCAGCCUGAAGCUCGAGGAGGUCGAGAUCGUCAACCACAACUCCAAGCGCCUGCGUUUCCGCCUGCCCGAGGACGACAUGGUGUCGGGCCUGCACGUGGCCAGCGCCAUCCUGACCAAGUUCCAGCCCCACGACUCGGACAAGCCCGUGGUGCGGCCCUACACGCCCAUCAGCGACGAGGACGAGAAGGGCUACCUCGACCUGCUCGUGAAAAAGUACCCCAACGGGCCCAUGAGCACGCACCUGCACGACAUGGUCCCCGGGCAGCGCCUCGACGUCAAGGGGCCCCUGCCCAAAUACCCCUGGGCGCCCAACAAGCACGAGCACAUUGCGCUGAUUGCGGGCGGGACGGGCAUCACGCCCAUGUGGCAGCUGUGCCGGGCCAUUUUCAACAACCCGGAUGACCAGACCAAGGUGACGCUGGUGUUUGGCAACAUUAGCGAGGAUGAUAUUCUGCUGAAGAAUGAGUUGGCGUCGCUCGAAAACCACUACCCGCGCCGGUUCCGCGCCUUUUACGUGCUCGACAACCCGCCUAAGCAGUGGACGGGCGGCAAGGGCUACAUCAACAAGGAGCUGCUCAAGACGGUGCUGCCUGAGCCCAAGGAAGAGAACAUCAAGGUGUUUGUGUGCGGCCCGCCGGGAAUGAUGGAGUCCAUCUCGGGCAACAAGAAGAGCCCCAAGGACCAGGGCGAGCUGAAGGGUAUUCUGAAGGAAUUGGGCUACAGUCCGGAGCAGGUCUACAAGUUCUGAUGUGCCGCCGCUGAGCGUCGUUUCCAGUGCUUGUCCUGAAUUCCGGCGCUGCUCCUGGCAUGUAAUACAUACCUAGUUUCAUGUGUAUAAAGCGAGCCCACAAUAGAAAUGUGUAAGGUUGAUCAAGUUGUACCUCGGUGUACCUGAACGGGGACCAAGCACGAUCUCAGCAAAUUAGGGUAUCAUACAAUUGUCCUGAGUUCGUUUUUCCUUG